UCUCGAAGGAUGAUCGCCCAGCUGGCACGAAAGACAAAUUUCAACGAAAAAGAGGUCCGUCAGUGGCAGAGUUUGUUUCUCAAAGACUGUCCGGACGGCCUGCUGUCUGAAGACAAGUUCGUGACGUUCUACUGCGCUUUCUUCGAGUCUGUGGACGACCAGGAGAAGGUUUCCCUGGCGAGGCAAAUCUUCCGCACGUUUGACCAGGACGGGAACGGACAGGUGGAUUUUCCGGAGUUCUUGCGGGGCAUGAGCGCGCUGCUCCGCGGGACCACUGCGCAGAGGCUGCGGUGGGCCUUCAGUAUGUACGACAUCGACAACAACGGCGUCCUCAGCCGGCCAGAACUCCUAAACGUCCUGAAGUUGAUGUACGAACUGCAGCACCCCAGGAGGAGACACAGCGAGCUCGAGCCUGGCGGUUCGGACUCCAGCGGGCCGGGUUCCAUCUCUCACCUGGAGAAGCUGGUAGACAGGCUGCUGUCUGUCCUGGACGACAACAACGACGGCCACGUGCAGAUGAAGGAGUUCGUGGAGGGAGUCAGGAGGAAUCCGCAGCUGCUCACCUUCGAUGAUCCAGACUGAGAAUGAACUCUAAUAGUACCUUUCCCAAGAGUACAACACAUGGGUGGGAU